AUGGCAGUGUAUGAUUCGUUUAAGAAGGAGAGUUUCAAUCUUAGAGCUAUGUUGAUGUGGAGUAUCACCGACUAUCCUGGUUUAGGUACAUUAGCUGGCUGUAAAGUGAAGGGGAAGCAAGCCUGUAAUGUCUGUGGCAAGGAUACACCGCAUAGGUGCCUAAAGUUUAGUCGCAAACACGUUUACAUGGGGAACAGGAAGCGUCUCAUGCCUAAUCAUCCUUAUAGAAGAAGGAAAAGAUGGUUUGACAACACGGUGGAGCUUGGUACUGCAAAUAGGAUUCAGAGUGGUGCUGAAAUUUGUGAUAGUCUUAGGGAUUUUAAAAACGACUUUGGGAAAAAGUUAAGUAAGAAGAGUAAGCGAAAAAGGACAACAGGAGAUGAGGAUGAUGUUGUUUCAGCUGACGAGUACGAAGAAGAUGAUGAUCUCUGGCGGUGGAAGAAAAAAUCAAUUUUCUUUGACUUACCUUAUUGGAAGGAUAUGCCUGUUAGGCAUAACAUAGAUGUUAUGCACGUGGAGAAGAAUGUCUCUGAUGCAUUGCUAUCUAUUCUGAUGCAUAGUGGGAAAUCAAAGGAUGGCCUCAAAGCAAGAAACGAUUUAGAAGACAUGGGUAUUAGAAGCAACUUGCAUACUGAAGUUAGGGGAAAGAAGACUUACUUGCCUCCAGCUGCGUAUUGGCUUUCUAAGGAAGAAAAAAAGAAAUUUUGCAGAAGGUUAUCCAACUUCAGAGGCUCUGAUGGUUACUGUGCCAAUAUCUCCAACUGUAAUCUGUUACCGGUUGCGUUGAGAGGUCUACUUCCACGAGGUCCUCGUCUUGCAGUGACUCGGAUAUGCAAUUACUUCAACAGACUGUGUCAACGCAUCAUUGAUCCAGAAAAGAUUAUUAAACUAGAAGAAGAAAUUGUGGAGACAAUGUGUCAGCUAGAGAGAUACUUUCCUCCAUCUCUGUUUGAUAUCAUGUUUCAUCUUCCACUCCAUCUAGCAAGAGAAGCACGCUUGGGUGGCCCUGUACACUUCAGGUGGAUGUAUCCCUUUGAGAGGUAUAUGAAGACACUAAAAGCUUUUGUCAAGAAUUUUGCAAGACCAGAAGCUUGUAUGGCCGAGGGUUAUUUGGCUGGUGAAUGCCUUGCAUUUUGUAUGGAGUUCCUGCAGAAAUCAGUUCCAGUUGAAGAAGCAUUGACAAGAAACGAAGAUGUUGAGACGACUCAGAAUGUUCUUGAAGGCCGAACGCUGCAUAAAGCAAAAGAAGUGAGUCUUACUGACAAAGAGAGAGAUGUUGCUCACCGGUAUAUCCUCAUGAAUACUGCAGUGAUCGACCCUUAUGUUCAGAUGCAUUUAGAAGAACUUCAAAAUACGGAUGUAAGAUGUGCAAAAAAUGAAACCAUCUUAUGGAAGUAUCAUACAGAAAGGUUUUCACAGUGGAUUAAAGAGAAGAUACCAAAUAACUCCAAGGACCAUUCGCAAAGGCUGAGAUGGCUUGCUUUUGGACCAAGAAAUAUUGCUCACACCUACAAGGAAUUUGUAGUUAAUGGCUAUCGAUACCAUACAGACGAUAUGCAGAGGAAGACACAGAACAGUGGAGUAGCAUAUGAAGCCUUUUCGAUGUGCAGAGCUAGUGCCAAAGAUUCGAGGCAACAGGCUGAUAUAGUAACAUACUAUGGCGUGAUAAAGGAGAUCAUUUUGCUUGACUAUCACAUGUUUCAAGUGCCUCUGUUUAAGUGCAGCUGGGCUCAUAAAGGUAGAGGACUUAAAGAGGAAGACGGUUUCACACUAGUGAAUCUCCAUAUGAACCAGUCAACAUUUGCAAACGAUCCGUACAUUAUGCCUUCGCAAGCUAAACAAGUGUUCUAUUCUAGAGAGGAAGAUAGCUCUCCUUGGUAUGUAGUGAUGAGAGCACCACCACGAGGGUAUCAUGAGUUAGAGACAGAAGAAGAGAUUUGUUCUGCAACGUUAGCAGUCCAGCCUGAAGAAGAUAUGGCAGAUCAAUCAUCCGAUGACGAGAGUUUUUGUGUUAGGAAUGACUGUGAGGGUUAA